CCGGGCCGCGCGGUGCCAGGCGCGGCCGGGGCCUCCCGCCGCCGCUCGCCCCGCCUCCCCCCACCCCUCCCGCCCCGGCCGCUGCCCGAAUCAGUGGGAGGAAGAUGGCGGCGCUCAUCCCCCUCAGCCAGCAGUUUACUGGGAAUCCAUUAUAUGAAACUUACUACAAACAGGUAGAUCCAGCAUAUACAGGCAGAGUUGGGGCAAAUGAAGCUGCACUGUUCCUGAAAAAAUCUGGUCUCUCUGAUAUUAUCCUUGGAAAAAUAUGGGAUUUGGCUGACCCAGAGGGUAAAGGAUACUUAGAUAAACAGGGUUUCUAUGUCGCAUUGCGCCUUGUAGCAUGUGCACAGAAUGGCCAUGAUGUUAACCUGAGCAGUCUCAACUUGUCUGUGCCACCUCCUAAAUUUCACGACACUAGCAGUCCUUUGCUGAUCACCCCACCUUCAACAGAGACUCACUGGGCUGUUAGGGUGGAAGAAAAAGCAAAGUUUGAUGGUAUUUUUGAAAGCCUUUUGCCAGUAAAUGGUUUACUUUCAGGAGACAAAGUAAAACCAGUACUGAUGAAUUCAAAGCUACCUCUUGAUAUCCUAGGAAGGGUCUGGGAUCUCAGUGAUAUUGAUAAAGAUGGUCACCUGGACAAGGAUGAAUUUGCUGUGGCAAUGCAUUUGGUAUAUAGAGCUCUCGAGAAAGAGCCAGUUCCUUCACUAUUACCCCCUUCUCUCAUACCACCUUCUAAAAGAAAGAAGACACCCAUCUUUCCUGGUUCUGUUCCUGUUCUUCCUGCAAGUCCUCCACCGAAAGACAGCCUCCGCUCUACCCCAUCUCAUGGCAGUGGCAACAGUCUGCACAGCACAGAGAGUUUGUCUCCCAAGCCCAGCAUUAAGCAAGCACAGCCCUCUGUGAAUUGGGUGGUACCAGUGUCUGAAAAGGUGCGAUACGAUGACAUCUUCUUAAAAACAGACACAGACAUGGAUGGGUUUGUGAGUGGCCAAGAAGUAAAGGACAUUUUUAUGCAUUCAGGUCUCUCUCAGAAUCUCCUAGCACAUAUAUGGGCUUUGGCAGACACAAGACAGAUGGGAAAGCUGAGCAAAGAUCAGUUUGCAUUAGCAAUGUAUCUCAUCCAACAGAAGGUCAGUAAAGGGAUUGAUCCUCCACAAGUGUUGUCCCCAGAGAUGGUCCCUCCCUCAGAGAGGAGCACUCCCAUACAGGAUAGUUCAAGUUCCGUUGGAUCAGGCGAAUUUACAGGCGUGAAGGAGCUGGAUGAUAUUAGUCAAGAAAUUGCACAGCUGCAGAGAGAAAAAUACUCAUUAGAGCAGGACAUUAGGGAAAAAGAAGAAUCAAUCAGACAGAAAUCCAACGAAGUCCAGGAGCUGCAAAAUGAUUUAGAUAGGGAGACAAGUAACCUGCAGGAGCUGGAGGCUCAGAAACAGGAUGCUCAAGACCGCCUGGAUGAAAUGGACCAGCAGAAAGCCAAACUAAAAGAUAUGCUGAAUGAUGUGAGGCAGAAGUGCCAGGAAGAAACACAGGUGAUUUCAUCACUAAAAAUGCAGAUUCAGUCUCAGGAAUCAGAUUUAAAAUUACAGGAAGAUGACCUUAAUAGAGCAAAAGCAGAGCUGAAUCGCCUCCAGCAAGAAGAGACUCAGCUAGAGCAGAGUAUCCAGGCUGGAAAAGUGCAGCUUGAAACAAUAAUCAAAUCUUUAAAAUCAACACAGGAAGAAAUAAACCAGGCAAGAAGUAAACUUUCUCAACUUCAAGAGAGUCAUCAAGAAGUCAGUAAGAGUAUAGAAGAAUAUAAUGAAGCUCUCAAUGGGAUUCAUGGUGGCAGCCUGACGAAUUUGGCAGACAUAAGUGAAGGCCUUGGGCAGACAGAAAGAAACAAUUACGGAGCUAUGGAUGAUCCAUUUAAGAAUAAAGCCUUGAUGUUUACCAAUAAUACACAAGAACUGCAUACAGACCCAUUCCAGUCAGAAGAUCCUUUCAAAUCGGAUCCAUUUAAGGGAGCAGACCCUUUCAAAGGCAGUGACCCAUUCCAGCAUGAUCCUUUUGCAGAGCAACCACCUGCUCCAGCAGAUCCAUUUGGAGGUGAUCCAUUUAAGGAAAGUGACCCAUUUCGUAGUUCUGCCCCUGAGGAUUUCUUCAAGAAGCAGGUGAAGAGCGACCCAUUUACCUCAGAUCCAUUCACAAAACCCCCCACUUUACCCUCAAAGCCUGACCCUUUUGAAAGCAGUGAUCCUUUUACAUCUUCCAGUAUCUCUUCAAAUGGUCCAGAUCCAUUUGGAACACUGGAUCCAUUUGGAAGUGGCACUUUCAGUAGUGGUGAGGGAUUUGCAGACUUCAGUCAGAUGUCAAAGUCGGUAGCUUCAGACCCCUUUGCUUCCUCUUUUGGAGGGGUGGGAUUCUCAGAUGACCCCUUCAAAAGCAAAUCAGACACACCAGCAUUGCCACCGAAGAAAAAUGUCCCUCCACGACCCAAGCCACCCAGUGGUAAAAGUACUCCUGUAAGCCACCUUGGGUCUUCAGAUUUUCCCAAGCCCCAUGAUCCAUUCCAGCCAUUUGGGGCUGACAGCAGUGACCCGUUUCAAAGUAAAAAGGGGUUUGGGGACCCAUUUAGUGGAAAAGAUCCAUUUGCUCCCUCCUCUUCAAGUAAAACUUCUAAAGACUCUUCCUUGGGGUUUGCAGACUUCAGCUCUUUUGGAAAUGAAGAACAGCAGCUGGCCUGGGCAAAGCGUGAGAGUGAAAAAGCAGAGCAAGAAAGACUAGCUCGAUUGCGGAGACAAGAGCAAGAAGACCUUGAGUUGGCUAUUGCACUCAUUCCUGGUAGGUUAAUCUGUAUGUCAUCUGCAUCAUCUGUGUUGAAGUCUUCAGCAUAAAUUCACUAUUAGAUGGUCCCUUUUUACCCAGGAGAUGAGGCUUUUACAAAAGAAUCUGGCCAUUUAUAUCUGGUGGAUACAGACAUGGUGAACUGUGUAAAAUGUUAUGAAUUUCUAUCAGUGAGAAGUUCUUCUAAUUUAAACAUUAGUUUGCAUUGAGUUGCAAUAAUUGUGUGUGACGUUGUAAGAGAGGGAGUUAAUUCAGUUGUAAAUUGGACAGAGAAUUCGGCAAUUAAAUCAUUAGGUAAAAUCUUGCUUUAUCUCAUAAGCAAUUGAGAUUGUGAUACAAGUUUGAGGGCUGCUUUCAUUUAAACCCAAGCAAUGGAAAACUUACCAAGUCUGAGCAGUGUUCAUCCCUGCAACUCGUUUUACUCUCUUUUGCUCCAACUGCCAGAACAUAGACCGUAUGAUUUGUGGUGCCUGAGCGUGUGAGACAGUCCCUACCUCUGUUUCUUUAUUUCCACCUACCUUACAGUAUGGGGUUACAGAUCAAACAUCAUUUAGCUGAAGGAAGGCCAAGUUGAAACAGAUUUUAUUUGCCAAAUACAUGUUCAUACCUAAGUUAUAGAAGGUACUGGUGGACUAGAUUGGCUUUAAAACACAGCUUGCAAUAAGUAAGUCCGAGUAGGAACAGAUUUUAUAUAUACCUGUAGAACUUAAUACUUCCACCUGGUAAGGAUAACACAGAACGUGUUUUACGUGUCAUGUCUUUAAGAUAAGUCUGUGAAUUAUUUACUUACUAAAAAUGCCUUUUCUGAUGACAGGAACUCGAUCACUUCAGUUGUCUUUGCCUUGGACUCUCAUGUUUAAAUAGAGUAGGCAAGUCUUUCCUAUCCUUGGCUCUGUAGGAAUCCAGAGCAUAACAUUCUGUGGUUUUAUUGAUGCAGCCCUUAAAAUGAAAAUGUGGUAUUCCUUCAUCAUCUUUAAUGUAUUUCUAUUCUUACGUCCUUGCUUCCUUUCAUUUUUCAUACUACACUGAUAGUGCCUGUUCACUGAAUGAAAACAGUCUUUCCCCAUUCUGUUGUAAUGGCCUUAUGUUGGAUGCUUUCCUUAGAGAUAAGAAUCUGAUUAGAUUCAUUUUAAUCUUCUUAGUAGUUUUCAGCUCUGAAAUGCAGCUAAGAUGUGGCAUUUGUCAUCCCCGGUAUUAGUGAGUAGGUGUAUGGGUGAGUGUGUGUGUGCGUACACACGUGCGCAUCCAUCCAUUCAUGUGUGCAGCAAUAUACCUGACAAAACUGAACCCUUGUAUCUCAAAAUGCAGUUUUAGGAGUCACAAUUCCCUGUUUGCUUUGUGUGCAGUGAUAUUGCAAGUAACACGAAUCAUUAAUUCCCCUCAGAAGGGGAGAAGAUGCAUUCUAGUAUCAAACCCAACCACAUAAAGCUCUUGAAUUCUCUCUUGUUAGUGACCCCCGUGGAAUGCAGUAGAAGGUAUUUCUGAUUUCACAGACCCUGAUUUGAAAUCCCUUCCCAUUGUAAUGUUUCUCCAAGCUAUGUUAGAUUAAGUGAUCAGGCAUACUAAAAUGUCAACAACUUCUCUUUUCUGCUGGUGUACAGGACUUGAGGUCUCUCAGAGCAAACUUGGGCCUGUCUGUAGUUAACGUGAGAUAAAACUCUUGCUAUGAAUGAGCAAUUUUCCACAUGGAAUGGCUGCAGGCUUCUCAGUGAUCAGAUUGUAUCCAUGUGUAAGAUUCUCCUUUUCCUGUUCAUUUGGGCCGAAGUCUUUGUGGUGUCUCUUCUGCUACAAUAAACCCCCAUUCACAUGUAGUGCCUUUUUAGAAAGGAAAAUCACUUUUGGACUACUGCUUGGAUGAGGUCACUCCAGUGGGACAGGGUGGAUGAGCUCAAUAGCUUGAUUCACCUCCUGAGUUAUGUACCAUAACAAGACUUUCUGCUACUUUGUCAGUGCUCUGAAAUACUGUAAUUUAUAAUGCUUCUAAGGCAGUGAGUCGGUGUUUUGAAGCUGUUCAGCAGGAAGCCAGAAAUGUGAAUUAACCUAGCAUUCCAUAUAGUGUUAGAACUAAUUACUCAUUUUCCUAUUUCCUUAUUGACUCAUUCUUCAUGUUUGCUUGGACAGUAAUAGAAGCUCAAGCAAAUGAACAAGGACAGAACGUGUUCUCUGUACACAGUGUGUUAGAUUUAGUAACCUUAGGUUUCCUGAAACACUCUUGAUUCCAAUUUUUAGACACUGCAGUAGAAGACAACUUAGCUGUGAUUUCUCCCCAUUCUAUUUAAUACAAUUUUCCAUGCAAAAAGGAGCAUUACCCACAUUCUUCCCUUAUGCUUGUAACUCCGUGCUUUGUAUAAUACCUGCACUUGUUCUUCUAAGACAAAACUUUAACACAAGACAUUGAUCAUCAUCUUCCUUCAGAACAGUGAAAUUUAAAGCACAAAUAGGCCUAUUGCCAUUUGGGCAGAGAAAAUAUGUACAGUGCAAGAUACAGAAAAUGUGAGUAUACACAAUGCAUAUACAGUGUACAUUGAGAUCCAUAUUAUUUGUGUCUAUGUGUGUACAUAUAUAUAUAGUGUAUUGUAUAAUAUAAUAAUAGUGUGUGUAUAUACUAUAUAAGUCCACAUACUAUGUCUAGUAUAGAGUUACUUGUGCUGUACAUAAGAUGUGUAUAUACAAUGAAUAUGUAGAAUAUGCAUAUAUAUUCUAUAUAUUAAAGCUUGUGUGUAUGUAUGUAUUCUGUAAGCAGAGGUGGAUAAGAAAUGGAAUUUUUACAGGAAGGCAGAUUAGAUCGUGGCUCUUAGAAUUUCAAAGUUCUGGUGAAAGAAGGAAAGAAAAAAGGCAAAAUGACUGCUUCUGAUGAGUUUGUUUCAUGAUUACUUUCACUGGCAUGAGAAACUGUGUUCAGGAGCUGUGCCAAGUGGAGAGAGAAACCUGGCAGAAGGUCAGUGUCAUCUGCACUGGGUGUGAUUUCCCAUUCUUUUGAGAUUUCAAGUGUCUUUUUGAAAAGGCUCCAUUUCUGAUCUUCUUGCAUGGGAUGGUCAUGUCAGCUUUUCUUUUUUCGCUAGGCUGAGGCAAUGGUUUUUCUCCUACAUUUGCUUUUGGUUUCACUUUUCUCUCUCUUUUCCCCUUUUUCUAAAAAACCAUUUUUAGGGAGCUAUUCCCAUAGCUCCAUACCCCCCAGACAGUCACACACUGAGGUGGAAAACAUGUUUUCCUUGCUUCAUUCUAGUUAUACAGGUUGCACGUAAUUGUCAUCUGGAUUUCAGCUCUGGUUUUCCUCCUUUUCCACCUAAGCUUUUACUUCAGGAGGAAUGACUAUCCAAUGCAUUCUUGGCUUUGAGGAAAGAAUGGAGGUGAUUCUGCUCGAAUAAGUUAUGAGACUCUGUGGUGCAUUGAGCAAUCACUAUGAGUUUAGUAGGCUUUUAUAGUGGCACAUGUGUGUUUUAUGCAGAGUAUCGUCACUGCUGGAAUGACUCAUGGAAAACCAUGAAUUGCACCCAGCGCCGAGGCACAACAGUUAAAACAGGAAAGGCAGACAAUGAUUCACGUUGAACCUCCGCAUGCAAACCUUGCAUGUAGGACACAGGUAUUGAAUUACCCACAUUAGCCUUUAUAGACCAGUAUGCUCACACUGGCCUCGAGUGGUUUCCCUAUGUUAUAUUCAGAUAGGCUUGUUGUAAAACAUACCAGUCAUUCUGCAAUAAAAGCAGAUGCUCAUAAAGCAGUGCUUCAACAGCAAUGCUCUGUGAAGUAUUUUUAUACUGGCAAGUUUUUCCUUAUGAAAUCUCUGCCCUAUGCGGAUCAUCAGUCCUUACUCUCUUCAGUUUCGUGUGCUGCGCUUUCCAAGCGUAGGAAAUUCCAAGCUGUAUCCUGCUGCAGAACCUUCUCUUUUCCUAAUUCCUGCCUGUGAAAUGUGUUGUCAGGAGUUUUGUAGAAAUCCUUUUGUCAUCUUAAUGCUCAAAGAUAAUGCACUUUUCUUGAUUCUUCUUCUAAUCCUUUUUGGGUUACUAUUUCUUCCGUAGUGUUUCUCCAUUGAGAAGAGUAUUUAUUCUGUAGAACCGAGGCCCAAGGGAUUUUGGUCCAAGUAGGAUUGUUGCUUUCGCUCACGUAAGAGUUUGAUUUCUCCCUCCUCCUGCAUUUUAUUCCUCCCUCUCAGGAAUUUCAUUUCUGUUUAAUCCUCGCUUGGAGUUGGAACUCUGUUAAAGUGAAUUGAUCUGAGCUAAUAAUGAUCUAAUUCAAAUCCCUUUCCACACUGAUGGAACAGCUGAGUUUCUGUUGUGUGUCAACUGUUGCAUCUCUGUAGCCUUCACAACAAUCACCUUAGGAAAGGAAUUUUGCCUGGAGUAUAGUGGAAUCAUAGAAGAUUUAUUUUUAGAGGAAAUAUGUUAACUUUUAUUCAUCGACACACCUGUUUUAUCAGUUGAUAUACUGCUCUUUUUACUUGAAAGUUUUAUAAAUAAAGGCUAAUUUGUUAUAAAAUGGAACUUUUGCCAACUUCUGCCUUCCCCUUUAAGUUUUCACUUCAAAAGGAAAACUCCUAGUGACUAUGGUUCCUUCUGUUGCAAUUAGAAAGUGAUCUUCUGGUGUCCCUUGUAAUAUGACAUUCUUUAGUCUGACCUAAAAAAAGGUGGAAACACAAAGGGGAAACGGCGAUGCUGACCUAAAUUUGACUAAUCUCUCCAAAUAUGUACAUUGUUGUAGCUAUAUUUCUCUUUCAAAUAUUGUAACAAACUGAAAGGUAUUUUAGUUUUAACCCAUCUCAUGUGUUUAUUGUUUAAUAUAAUAAGAGAAAUGUUAUUGUUUAAUAUAAUAAAUGAGAAGUUACUUUUUGGA